UAUCCUACAGCCAUCUUGUUAGCUCUCUCUGCUAUGCUUGGUGUAAAUGCUUCUGCAGUUACAAACUACACCAGCAGCGUUGAUCCAACCACAGUUGAAAUGCCUGAUAUCCCCCAGACAACUUCUCUUGACACGGCCACACAAUGUCAAUACUAUCAAUCCAAGUUUGUCGUCAAGCAAGAUGAAUGGCCUACUAUCUGGGGUAUUGCAACCUCCAACGGCAUGAAUACAUCACAAGAAUUCCAAAAUCUUUACAAUUCCAUUGAUUGGUCCAAAGUACCCAACGUCCCAAUCAGAACCAUCGGUGCAAACGGUGGACUCGAUCUUGUCGGCUAUGAUACUACCAACGACCCUUACUGUUGGUGGUCGGCCACCCAGUGUGUCACACCAAAGACUGAGGGUAUCAAUCCUGACAUUCGCAAUUGCCCAGAGCCAGAAACCUGGGGUCUUACAUUCGAUGAUGGUCCAAACUGUUCCCACAACGCUUUUUACGACUACCUCGAAGAGAACAAGCAAAGAGCAUCCAUGUUUUACGUUGGAUCAAACGUUAUGAACUGGCCUUAUGGUGCAUUGCGUGGUCUGAAGGACGGACACCAUCUUGCUAGCCACACCUGGUCUCACAAGAUGAUGACUACGCUAACCAACCAAGAAGUCUUGGCCGAACUCUAUUAUACUUCAAAGGCAAUAAAAUUUGUCACUGGCGUAACUCCUUUGUAUUGGCGCCCCGCUCUGGGUGAUUUGGAUGACCGCGUUCGAUGGAUCGCCACUCAGCUCAACAUGACUGCCAUGCUAUGGAAUUUGGACACAAACGACUGGGCAGCCGGCUCUACUCCGGGAGUAACCGUCGAUACUGUCAACCAAAAGUAUGAAUCUUACAUCCAGAUGGGUACCAACGGAACUUUUGCUACCAGCGGAAACAUUGUCUUGACCCAUGAAAUCAACAACAUGACAAUGGACUUCUUCGUCAAGCAUUACCCAGAGAUCAAAAAGGCCUACAAACACGUCGUAGACGCUGCCACCUGCAUGAACAUCACACACCCCUACGUUGAGAGCACAAUCACUUUCCCUACAUUUGACCAAAGUGUAAACCAAAAUGCAAGCACUGCUACAGGAUCGGGAGUCGUACCUGGUGCGUCUGGUACAACCAGCACCAAUGCUGGAGCCUCUGUCCGUUCACUCUUGAACGGCCCACUCUUCAUCGCAGCUCUCUUUGGUCUCUUGGCACUAGUUUAGACCAGUAUAGCCUGGCCUAGUCUAGAGAUUAACUUACCCACAACUACACAAAAGAAUAUCCCCCAUCUAUCCCCCUCCCUUUCCCCUCCCCUUCAACUCAACUUACACAAACACUUACUUACUCACAAACAUUCAAGAUUUCUUAAUCUUCAUUUCUUCAUUUCUUCUUCUU